AUCUUCUAUUAUUAUCGUUCUAUGUACAAGUAGAGAAGAAACAAACUAUACAUUUAUAUAUAUAUAUAAAGAUUAGAAGUUUAGCUUGAGAGGCUACACAAAAUGAGUACAGCAAGAUUUGUCAAGUGCGUGACAGUAGGGGAUGGUGCUGUGGGAAAGACUUGCAUGCUCAUUUCCUACACUAGUAAUACCUUUCCAACGGAUUAUGUUCCCACAGUAUUUGACAAUUUCAGCGCUAAUGUGGUGGUAGAUGGUAGCACAGUGAAUCUUGGAUUAUGGGACACAGCUGGGCAGGAAGAUUAUAACAGGCUGAGGCCACUCAGUUACAGAGGAGCUGAUGUGUUUUUGUUGGCUUUUUCUCUCGUUAGCAAGGCCAGUUACGAGAACAUAUACAAAAUGUGGAUCCCAGAGUUAAAACAUUACGCUCCAAAUGUGCCAAUUGUGCUUGUAGGAACCAAGCUUGAUUUGCGAGAAGAUAAGCGGUACUUGAUUGAUCAAUCUGGAACAACACCAAUAACAACAGCUCAGGGCGAAGAACUGAAGAAAAUGAUCGGAGCCGUAGUGUACAUAGAGUGCAGUUCAAAAACUCAACAGAAUGUGAAGGCUGUGUUUGAUUCAGCAAUAAAGGUAGCUUUGCGACCACGAAAACCAAAGAAGAAACCACGCAAGCAACAAAGAACAUGCUCUUUCCUUUAGAAGAGAUAAGUCUCUCUGGCUAUGCAACUUAAAAUUUCUCACAUGAAUCAUACCAAGUUCCCUUUUGAAGCCAUGGAGAUAUCUACAUAGGAGAGGACCUCAAUUGCUUAUUGCUUAUACUAAGUCCGAUUUUGUAUCUUUAUAACUGUAAUUUCUUUGAUGGAACUAAUAUAUAAGAUUAAAGCAAUA